AUGGCCACAGCGGCGAGUUCGACCGGCACGGAUGAAGACGACGAUGAGUUCUGGGAUGGAUACAAUGACACGGUAAAGGACCUCUUGUCCAUCAGCCAAAGCACAGCCAGGAGCACGAGUUACCACGGAGAAACAGAGGAAGAAGAAGAAGAGCUUCUCUUUGGUAAUGGCGACAGUGACGGUGAACAAGCAGACAUUGAUGCCAACGCUACCAGUACCAGUACUAUUACUAGCAGCACUACUAAUAUCAACAACCGCCAAGAACAAGCUGUCGCUGUCGCUGCCAUCAAAGCCAACGGCGGCAAGAAGCAACAAAGAGUGUGCAGGGAUAAGGAUGGAGUUGGUGCCGACUCAGGAAGCCAGCAGGCUGUCAACAACUCUUGGAAAUCUGAACAAGUCCAGGUCAGAGGUCCCAGCGACAGCAACAUUAGGGCAAGGCAACGUGAGCCAACCAGCCCGCUGGCAUCGGUAGCAAAGACGUCGACCGCAAGCCUAAGAGAAGACAGAGACAGGCAGGCAAAGAUACGGGUAAAAAAAGAAAGGGGAAUCGAAAAACGAAGACGCAGCAGUGUCAGCUUUGAACUCGUACCAACACCGCCACCACUUGUCCCCGUGCAGACACCGCCUCAUAUAAAUGACAUGCACAUGAGAAGAGCCAAGAUCAGAGCCAGGAACGGGUCCGCCACUAGCGGUGACGCGCCGGUUUCACCCAAUCCUGCCGUCGGAGCCUUUGCCGCUGAUCCCGAUUCGCCUUCCAAAAGAUCGUCACCACGAGGCCUUCGCAGAAGCCAACAAGAUGCAGCCGCCAAAAUAAGAGCCAAACACACAAACAAUCGUGGCAGUCAAAUUUCACCAAACCCGGCUGUCGGAGCCUUUGCCGCUGCAAGCAUCUCGCCUCCGACGAGAAGAUCGCCGCAUGGACUUCAUAGGACCCAGCAGGAAGUUAGGGCAAAGCAACGAAUGGUUUCGCCUGGAGGUACACACAAUGUCAAGGCGGGAGUGGCAGCCAAUUCCAACAUGCCUGUGGGCCUCCCGAUCAUGUUGCCCUUCUCGGAUCAUUCCGAACACACGCGCAAUUCACAGCCUAGUACCGGUAUGGACGCGACAAUGGAAUCAGCGCUCAAUCCAUCACUCCGGACAUCGACGACAAAUAGACCACGGCAGCACGCACGUGGUCUCCGACGGUCCGAUCAUGAACGAGAGGCCAAACGGAUUGCGAGGCAGCAAAAACGACAAUUACGACAAUUCAAUGACGAAGAGAAUCCCUUGGUACCGACUACUCCGCAUGAUCAGGAAUCGUCGCGUCGUGGUGGCACAUCAGAUCGUAGCUCAUUGUAUCAUCUGGAUCAAGCUGGUUCCAGUAGCUUAAUGCAAACACCAUCCGUGAGGGACUUGGGGAACUCGGGUCUUGUCGUGGCUUCUCUCGUCAAUGCACCCGAGCUACAAUCUGCUCAAGAAAUUGACUUGCACGAUAUCGAACGAGAACAAGAUAGGAGAGCAAAGCGUAGAGCAGAACAAACCAAACAAAUGCGACGAGCCAUCAUCAUUGCACUGGGACUUUUCGUGGCUUUUAUCAUACUUAUUAUUGCCUUGGCUGGAGCCGGAGUCUUCUCCAAAGACAGGAACGAAAAUGCUGCAACGCAGGGGUGGAUAGAUUACAAUGAAGAGGAGUGUUCAUGGUACACAAAUCUUGAUGGAUUCUUUGCAGAUGACAAGUACACGCCAUAUUCGACUGAAAACAAGGAAUUCCUUCGCCGUGCAUACAACAUCUCAGGACCCUGCAAUGAUAAGGGUGAAGUUGAAGCCUUGUUCCUUUCCCUUUUAAAACUUGGAAACUCUACCCUCAAGCCAGAACUCCCACCAGAACUGACACUUUUGAGCAGCUUGAAAGUAGUUGCCCUUCCACGAAAUGCACUGAAUGGAACACUCGAUGAAUUGACGCCCAAAGAGAUUUAUCAAAUGCCAAGUUUGCGUCUCUUCGUAUUCAACUACAAUAAUUUCAAUGGGACAGUUCCAGCAGAGCUCUGGCAAAUGACAAACCUUACAUCAAUUGAGUUUGCUCGUAAUAAACUGACAGGAACCCUGCCUUCUCAGCUGGGAUUGAUGACAAACCUGAGAACCCUUGACUUUCAAUUCAACCCCAUAAAUGGCACCAUUCCAACUGAGAUUGGCAUGCUGGAUUCCCUGGAAUAUCUUUGGAUUGCUUAUUCAAAGAUCUCGGGGCCUCUGCCAUCGGAAAUUGGGCUGGUGACCAGCUUGCGGCGGUUAAACACCAUUUUUAACAAUCCUGGUCUCUCUGGUGCCUUGCCGCCCGAAGUGGCAGUUCUGCCCAAGCUGCAGGUUCUGGAACUAUCUGGCAAUAGCUUCAAUGGUUCAUUGCCAGCAGAGCUGGGACAGCUGACAGGCCUAGUAAAGCUAGCGGUUGAUGACAACAGCUUCUCAGGCACCGUUCCCUCCGAGCUUGGAUUGCUUGCAGGUUUGCAAUAUUUGGAAAUGAAUGGCAACAGCUUUAGUGGAGAAUUUCCAGAGGUAUUUACUACACUGGCACUGGGAAAUAACGUGACUGCUCUACAAAGAUUGCAACUGAGAAGAAACAAUUUCUCUGGGUUUGUGCCUGACGAAGUCUGUUCUUUGGGGGAUUGGGACGGAUCAACGAAGCAGGGUCUGGCAUUUGACUGUAACGCUACUGUCCUCUGUGGAUGCGACUUCUGCUUGUGCCCUACUCUUCAGAACUACACCCUGGAAGCCACAAAUAGAACAGCAGCCAACCAAGACAACAUUUUUUUACACUAA